AAAAAACAACUUUUACAUUAGUUUUGUUUUGUCAGAGAUUGAUGAGAGAGAUAGGCCUUGCUUUAUUUUUUUAUUUUCCAUAUAAGUUCAUUAAUAAGUUUUCUGUACCUUUGGGGUGUAGCAAGCGGCAAAUCAUUUCAUUUUCCUUUUAUUACCCUAUUUCUUUCUGAAGGAAAUACUACAUAUGGAAUUGUUAGGUGCAUAUAGCAGCUCAAACAUUAAUGCAGAGUAGGUAUGAGCACUCUCUAGAUCCAUUUAGUCACACUUGAAAUACCACAUGAUCUCCCUUAUUUUAAAAAUACAAUAUAUUGUUGUAUUCACAAUUAAAUGUGACAUAGAAAUGGUCUUCCAUUCUUCUAGAAUCUUUCCAUUUCAAAUUCAACUGCUCUCAUGUUAUGUCCCAUUAGAUUGCAUGAGUUAUAAUCAUUAUCAACAUUCCAAGAUAGUUAACAUUGAACUAAAAACUUUAAAGAAACAGUUAAAGUUCAUAAGGCUUCUAGAUUGAGAAGUAGGUAUCUUUUUUUUCUUUUUUUUUGCCCUUAUUGGUCAUAUAAUGCACAUACGUGUGAUAGCUUUGAUACAAACACAUGUUCUAUUCAAUUUUUCACCUUUGUACAAUUCAGCAACAAUGCUCUUAAUAGUAAUAGCCAUUCACUGUAGCUUAGUAGCUAAGGGACACCCUAAUGUUAAGUAGACUUUUCAAAAGAAUAGAAGAAAGUGAAGAACAAGAGGACAGACUGUUCUGAGGAAGGCAGCUCAUAGCUGUGAGUACAGAAAAUAGGAAAGGAAAUUGGUUGUCCCCCAAAAACAAAGGAUGCCUUAAGUGGGCUUUCCAAUUGUAGAUUAAUGUGCAUUUGUUAAAGUCUGUGCAUGCACUGAUGAGGCAGUUGGUCAUAAAUUCUUUUACUUGCAAUCAUGUUUUGCUGAUUUACAUCACUAAAACACAGAAAAUGCUUGCUUAAAUGAAGGGGGCAAAAACUAUUAGAACCUUCUAAUAACAACCAUUGAGUUAGGGUUAAUGGCAAAAGGAAAGUGUAAUAAUAGCAUUUGAUGCAUUUCCUCCUUUGGUUCCAAAUCCAGAACGACAUACUAAUUAAUUUCAUAGAAACAAUAGAAAAAAAAUGCAGUAGAUAAAAUUAAAACCCUUAGCUAAAACCAAUGUCAUGAGGGUAAUAGCAUCACAUGAACAAAACUAUAAGAAAGCUUACAAAAAUAUAUUAUAUCAAGAUGUGUGCCACAGCUGUUAAGAGCAAUUUAUCCAAACUCUGCCAUCUCAUCAUCAUCUCAUCAUUACUUCCAUAAUAAAUAAAAGGCUACACUGUCAAAGGUUCAUUCAUAACAAUUCCUGAUACAACAAAGCUACUCUACAAAAUCAUCUUCUCUCUUUGCCUUCUGCAACAACAAGAACUCCAAACAAUGACCAUGAAAAAAGGAGAAAGUCCAUACAGAAAAGGGUUAUGGACAGUGGAGGAAGACAAGAUACUCAUGGAUUAUGUCAAGGUGAAUGGAAAAGGACAGUGGAAUAAAAUAGCCAAGAAGACAGGUUUGAACAGGUGUGGGAAGAGCUGUAGGCUUAGGUGGAUAAAUUACCUUAACCCCGACGUGAAGAAAGGCGAUUUUUCUGAGGAAGAAGAAGACCUCAUCAUUAGACUUCAUAAGCUUCUUGGAAACAGGUGGUCUUUGAUAGCUAAACGGGUGCCAGGACGAACUGACAAUCAAGUGAAGAAUUACUGGAAUGGUCAUCUGAGCAAGAAGAUGGGCAUCAAAGAGCAAAAUCGAAAAAGGGUUCAUUCUCGUCAAAGUUCCAAGCAAGUGAAUGAGCCUGAUCACGCAGCCAUAGAUCCAAGUCCAGGAGAUGCAACCAGUGGAACCAUGGAAGCAGCAGUGGAUCAAAGUUGCCAGAAAGCCACUGAGGUCUUAAACGCUACUCAAGAAUCAGGGAUCAGUGAGAGUUAUGUGAACCCUUUCUGGAUUCCUGGUGAUGAUUUGGAGCUAAGUUCACUUACCAUGAUGGAGUACCUUGAUGAAUAUUCUUCUUUUGAUCUUGCUUGAUAGGACUUUUCCUAAUUUGGGGGAUCAGUUAUCAUUUAUUUCUCAGUAAUGACUAUAUAACUAGCUUUUCCUAUCCUAUGACAGUUAACCCCUCUAUCCAACUUGAAAUUCUUUGAAGAUUACGAUUUGCAUUUGCCAAAAAGAAACAAUGAUUUGGACCCUCUUUACCA